AUGCUCGCCACCGGUAUUUUUACCCUCUUGUUUUCAACUCUCGUUCUCGCUCAAAGCGACAAGCCAGAUGCGCCUGGGUACGACCGCUGGAGUGAAGGAUGCCUGUACAAGCUCAACAAUCUUAUGGCUGGAAAGGGCGUGACGGAUCAGCCCGGGUACGAAACCUUUGGCGGAACUUGCAAAGGCACUCGCGUCGUCAAGGAGAGGCUCAAGGCAGUAUCGGUCCGUGAAGAGUGGAUGUUGUACAGCUGUUGCCGAAAGAAGAACGGCGAGUUCGAGCAUGUCAGAAAAUUACCAUUGCAAAACUGCCUUGCAUUCAACGAUGUAGGAGGGGGCACGCUGACCUGGCAAAAGGUGAUGAGGCUCGCCGAAGCUUGCAAAGACUGCAAGGUGGUGGGCGAGUCGCAGAAUGGGGCCCCCGGAGCUCAUCUGCGUUGCAGUUGUGAGGCGCCCAGACGGGCAGCGAAGACUUACGAAUUGCCCAUCCAUGCGAACAUGUGGGCGGAGGGUGACGUCCAGGGCAGGCAACUGAGUAGAUACCCUUGCGGUGUUAGUACGGGCUCGUUGGAGUGUGGCUGGGCAUGGUGUGUUCACAAUGCGUACCAGCAUAUUGAUCCUCCGGGACACUGGCAUGGUCCAGGCUCUCCUGAUGCGAAUGACUAG